UUACAAAAACCCACCUGACACUCUUCAGAAUUCAAACAUCUUCUUCCAAAUCCUCUUUCUUUAGAUCUAUUUUCCUUAAUCUGUUUCAGAUCUAAGAGAAAGAUGGUGAAGGUGACUUCUCACACUUCUCCGUCGUCAUCUCCGGUGAAGAUAACAGUUUCUUCUUCAUCUUCUACAUUUCGUACAAUCGGAUUAACCAGUCCGAUCCGGCGACUUUCAGGUUCAAACAAUGUUAAUUCACCUCUGAGUGGAAACAGAGGACAGAGAGCUUCCAGCGGUGGGGGAGGAGGAAGUCGUCGUCUUUCCGUUUCAAAAGACACCGAUGAAUUCGUAGCUUACACAGUUCACAUCCCGCCGACACCUGACCGAGGAACGACAUCGGAAUCUCAGAAUAGUCCGUUGGAGAGCAGAAAGAGUGCGGCCGGAGGACCCCACAUCGGGUCUUAUGUAAAGGAUACGCUUUACACCGGCGGGUUCAAUUCGGUGACACGUGCCCACGUAAUCGAUUCGUCUAUCAACGAUGGAGAAGAGAUUGGGAAAUCGGAAUUGAUUUGUGAAAUCGAAGGUUGUGAUGAUAAUGCACAGGAUAAGAACUGGAAAGGUCAGUGUGAAUGUGGGUUUAGAAUUUGUAAAGAUUGUUAUUUGGAUUGUAUUUCUAAUGGUACUGGAUAUUGUAAUGGUUGUAAAGAGGCUUAUAAGGAUUUAACCGAUUAUGAAACCUCUGAAUCUUCUGGUUCUGGUACUGAAGAAGAGGAUCAUGCUGGUCCUUUGCCGGCGGCGGCGGCGAAGAAAGGAAUCCCGAGAGUGGAGAAGAAUUUCUCUCUGGUUCAGUCCUUUAAGGCCGGUGUCGGCGCCGGCGGACAGAAUCACGAGUUUGACCAUGCAAGAUGGCUGUUUGAGACAAAAGGAACUUAUGGGUAUGGAAAUGCUGUUUGGCCAAAAGAUGAAUAUGAAUUUGGUAGAGAAGCAAACCCACCUCCAGAUUUCAACGAGAGAAGAAACAGACCUCUUACUAGAAAAGUCGGGAUUUCUACUGCAAUCAUCAGCCCUUACAGAUUACUGAUAUUCGCCCGUCUAGCAGCUCUAGCAUGUUUUCUAACAUGGAGAGUAUCCCAUCCCAAUCACGAAGCAAUGUGGCUAUGGAUCUUAUCAGUCAUUUGCGAAUUCUGGUUCGCACUUUCAUGGCUUUUAGAUCAGCUUCCCAAGUUAUGUCCAGUCAACAGAAUCACAGAUCUAACCGUCCUCAAAGAACGAUUCGAAUCAUCAAGCUUAAACCUUCGAAACCCAAAAGGCCUAUCAGAUCUUCCCGGAGUCGACGUCUUUGUCUCCACAGCCGAUGCUGAAAAAGAACCGCCUUUAGUAACCGCAAACACAAUCCUCUCGAUUCUAGCGGUUGAUUAUCCGGUGGAGAAGUUGGCUUGUUAUGUUUCAGACGACGGUGCUUCUUUAGUUACAUUUGAAGCAUUGGCUGAAGCAGCAAGCUUUGCUAGAAUCUGGGUUCCUUUCUGCAGAAAACACAAAAUUGAACCGAGAAAUCCAGAGGCUUAUUUCAGUUCGAAACGUGAUCCAUUGAAGAAUAAAGUGAGAAUCGAUUUCGUUAGAGAAAGGAGGAAAGUUAAGAGAGAGUAUGAUGAGUUUAAAGUGAGAAUCAAUGGUUUACCUGAAUCAAUUAGACGAAGAUCCGAUGCUUAUAAUGCUCAGAAUGAACUUAGAACGAAGAAGAAACAGAUGGAAAUGGGUGGAAAUCCGUUUGAACCCAUUAAAGUCCCAAAAGCUACAUGGAUGUCUGAUGGCUCUCAUUGGCCUGGAACUUGGUCUUCUUCCGAACCAGGCCAUUCUAGAGGCGACCACGAAGGCAUUAUCCAGAUUAUGUUGGUACCACCAAAUCCAGAGCCGGUUUUUGGAACAGAAGCAGACAUAUCAAAUCUAAUCAGUACAACAGAAGUGGACACUAGAAUUCCGAUGCUGGUUUAUGUUUCUCGAGAAAAACGACCAGGUUUCGACCACAACAAGAAAGCUGGAGCAAUGAACGCAUUGGUUCGAACGAGUGCAAUCAUGUCCAACGGCUCGUUCAUUCUGAACCUCGAUUGCGAUCACUACAUUUACAAUUCAUUGGCUCUUAGGGAAGGAAUGUGUUUCAUGCUCGAUCGAGGCGGGGAUAAAAUCUGUUACGUCCAAUUUCCUCAGAGAUUCGAAGGAAUCGAUCCAAACGAUCGUUACGCGAAUCACAACACAGUCUUCUUCGAUGUAAGCAUGAGGGCUCUUGACGGUUUACAAGGUCCAAUGUAUGUGGGAACAGGCUGCAUUUUCAGACGAAUUGCUUUAUAUGGAUUCAGUCCUCCAAGAGCAACCGAACAUUUGGGUUUGUUCGGUACUAAGAAGAUUAAGUUCUUGUUGAGGAAAAAGACUGCAAAGAAAAUUGAUGACGAUGAGGAAAUGAUUCUUCCGAUAAACGAGGAGGAUAAGGAUGAAGAUGAGUUCACUAAGGCGCUUGUUCCUCAAAGAUUCGGGAAUUCAACAUCGUUAAUCGAUUCGAUAAUGGUGGCGGAAUUUGGUGGGAGGCCAAUUCAUGAUUUACGUGGGAGAGGAAGCCAGAGUAGACCAUCUGGAUCACUUGCAGUUCAACGGGAGCCGUUGGAUGCUUUGGCGCUCGCGGAGGCGAUCAGCGUUGUGACAUGUUUUUACGAGGAUAAAACAGAGUGGGGAAAAAGAGUUGGUUGGAUUUAUGGUUCGGUUACAGAAGAUGUCGUGACGGGUUAUCGUAUGCAUAAUCGAGGGUGGAGAUCAGUUUAUUGUGUCACCAAGCCGGAUGCGUUUAGAGGGACAGCUCCAAUUAAUCUAACCGAUAGACUCAAUCAGGUUCUGCGAUGGGCUACGGGUUCAGUUGAGAUAUUCUUUUCGAGAAACAACGCGCUUUUCGCGACGGGGCGAUUGAAGUUCCUUCAGAGGAUUGCGUACUUUAACGUCGGGAUGUAUCCAUUCACGUCCAUCUUCCUUCUGACUUACUGUUUCUUGCCUGCAUUCUCCCUUUUCACUGGGAAAUUCAUCGUGCAGUCGCUUAGUGCCACGUUCCUCGUGUUCUUGUUAGCGAUCACGCUUACUUUAUCGAUGUUGGCUCUCCUUGAGAUCAAAUGGUCUGGAAUUACUCUCCAUGAUUGGUGGAGAAACGAGCAGUUUUGGCUGAUUGGAGGAACAAGCGCCCAUUUGGCUGCAGUUUUUCAAGGGCUGUUGAAGGUGAUAGCUGGUGUUGAUAUUUCUUUCACUCUGACUUCGAAAUCUGCUGUUCCUGAAGAAGGGGAAGAUGAAUUCGCGGAGCUUCAUGACUUCAGGUUUACAUUUCUAAUGAUUCCUCCGAUAACAAUUAUAUUGGUGAACAUGACAGCGAUUGCAGUUGGAGUAUUCAGGACAAUGUACAGCCCGUUUCCUCAGUGGAGUAAGUUAAUAGGAGGCGUGUUCUUUAGCUUUUGGGUUUUGGCUCAUUUAUAUCCAUUUGCGAAAGGGUUGAUGGGGAAAAGGGGAAAGAUUCCGACUAUUGUUUACCUCUGGUCGAUGUUGCUUUGUAUUAUUAUCUCGCUGUUGGCGGUUUACAUCGACCCGCCUUCUGGAAGACAGCCAUUCAUGGCGUUUGAGUUUCCCUGAGAAAGAAGAAUGAAUUGAAUUCAAUCAAAGAAGAAGUUGCACUCAAACUUCUUCCCAAGUCAGCCAUUCAUUGUCUGUGAAUUUCUAAUUCAUUUUGGAUGUUUGUUCUUAUUUAUGUUCAUGUUCUUGUUCAUGUUCAUCACUUUCCUCUUAUUCAAACCAUGAAUUGUAUUAGUUUAAACAAAUGUUCUGUAUUUGGUUGACAAGUCUUUUCAGUUA